AUGGCAGCACAGUCGACAGCCAGACAGCAAACAAGAACAACAUCAACAGCAUCUGCCAGCAUGGAUAACACCGCAAUUGCCCCCAACUAUGCGCACAAAAAGUUCUCUGCUUUAAAGCGCAAACGCAGUCAGGACGAGGAGACGGAUGAUGAUGUGGUUUUCAUUAUGGAACUGCCCGCCAAGCGACGGUUCUUUCGCCCCUGGCUGGAUGAGCCUCGAGCGGCCAUAACCUCAACGACGGAGCAGCCACCGCGACGACCAUCGCCCAAUACAGUGGCCACCACCUACCAUGCCAACAUGGUGCGCUCCCAUACGCCACGCCUGCGCAGUCCCAAGGCGCAACAGCGUCGCGAUCGCAAUACCUUAGCCUGUCUGCUGAGUCGUCGCGCCCGGCAAGCCAAGCAGCUGGCCAUAGAGCAGCAGUACGAGCAAUAUCGUCAGCAGCACGAGGCCAACUUGGAGCAGCAAGUGCGAUUGAGCCUCUACUAUGUCAGAUUCCUGCAGCAGACAAUGGCCGCGACACAAGCUCCACUGCCCGACAGCCAAAUAAUGCAGAGCCUGCAGCACGUACAGCAAGGUUGGCCCCAACAGCAGGCAACAGCCACGAAGCGUUAG